GACCUUUAACAUUAAGGGAGUAACUAGGGUAUUUUGUGUUGAAGAUGCAAGGACGUCCCUUCCAUCACACUCCCCUUCUCGGAUUUUGACUGAGAUUGCAUAGAUAUUUUUUUUUUUCGCUAACAAAAAAUUAUCAAAGUCUGUGUAUACUCGGUUAGCACCAAACUGCAGUUGGAACUGACUACCCAACUUUUUUUUUCCCUAAAAUUGAAGUCGAAAAUACACAUAUAGAGGCUCUGCCAAGUUGAGUGGAUCUGUACCUAAACGGAAUUUUGAAAAAUGGGAGUGUGAAGAAUUUGGUUGUGGAUCAAGUUUGCUGCCGUCUUUUUGGGAAUUAUCUAUCUCUUUCAAGGCGGAGCAAGGAGCUGUACCCGAAAGAAAGGAUGAGUGAGAACAAGAGUUUUCAGCUUGGCACUAUUGGAGCUUUGUCUCUAUCUGUUGUUUCGUCUGUAUCCAUUGUGAUAUGCAAUAAAGCGCUUAUGAGCUCUUUAGGUUUCCGUUUUGCUACAACUUUGACGAGCUGGCAUCUACUGGUCACUUUUUGCUCCCUCCAUGUGGCGCUAUGGAUGAAGCUAUUUGAACAUAAACCUUUUGAUCCAAGAACUGUAGUUGGAUUUGGUAUUCUGAAUGGAAUUUCAAUUGGGUUGCUAAACCUUAGCCUUGGUUUCAAUUCUGUUGGUUUUUAUCAGAUGACGAAACUUGCAAUCAUACCAUGCACUGUACUGUUAGAGACACUUUUCCUCAGCAAGAAGUUCAGUCGGAGCAUUCAACUCUCUCUUUGCAUCCUUCUUUUGGGUGUUGGAAUUGCGACUGUAACGGAUUUGCAGCUGAACUUCCUGGGCUCUAUCUUGUCACUCCUUGCAGUUCUUACCACUUGUGUUGCUCAAAUUAUGACCAAUACCAUCCAGAAGAAGUUCAAGGUUUCUUCAACUCAGCUGUUGUAUCAAUCUUGUCCUUAUCAAGCCAUGACUUUGUUCAUCUCUGGUCCUUUUCUGGAUAAGUUUUUGACUCAGCAAAAUGUAUUUGCCUUCAGAUAUACACCACAAGUGCUGGUUUUCAUUGCUCUGUCCUGUUUGAUCUCGGUCUCUGUUAACUUUAGCACAUUCCUUGUGAUUGGAAAGACAUCCCCUGUCACCUACCAAGUACUUGGCCAUCUUAAAACCUGUCUAGUAUUAGCUUUUGGAUAUAUCUUACUUCAUGACCCAUUCAACUGGAGGAAUAUUCUUGGGAUCUUUGUUGCUAUGAUGGGAAUGGUUCUUUAUUCAUAUUGUUGCACCCGUGAAGGUCAGAAAAAAGCUACAGAAGCAUCAGUACAACUUCAGACCAAGGAAGAUGAAUCUGAUCCUCUAAUAGGCAUGGAGAACGGAGCUGGUGCAAUAAAUGAUGUAGCUCUCCCAAUAUCCCCAAUUGGGAAAGCAGACAAGGAUUUGCGUGCUCGAGACUACAACCGUUGAGAGUAGUUUAAUUAGCAUUCCAAGAUGCAUCAAUUGAAUUAUGAUGAGAUUGAUAGUUCACCAUGGGAUUAAUGCAAUUGCUACAAUACUUCCCCUGCUUCAAAAUCACAUUGAGUAACAAAGAAUGCCUUCAUUUCUGCUAUAUUGCUGUUUGAUGUCUAGAUUUGAGAAGUUACUACUGCUCCGUUGUAAGCAAUAUUCUUAUAUAAUUAGAACAUUUGAGGCAUAGUAAAAAUGAUUUGAUCAGAAAUUAUUUGAGUUGCCGAAUAAUGUUAUCUCUGAACAGUAUAUAUAUAUAUAUCUUAUUCUAAGCA